AUGAGCCAACUGUUCCGGCUAGCUCACGCCCAUGUCCGAUGGAUGCUCUACCGACCGUUGCUCCAAUUCGUCUCUCAAGGGUUUCGAGCCGAAGGACUCUACAAACGGCUCUACAUGUGCGCCGAGGCUUGCAUUGGUGCCUCGAGAAAUAUCAUCGACAUUAUCAGAGAUAUACAGGCCAACAGGCUGCUGAGUGGCGCCCACUGGUUUCCCAUACAUGCGACCUAUGUUGCCACUUUGGCGUUGAUUUAUCCAAUAUUUGAACAAAACCAAGUUCCGACGCUCAAUAUGGAUGCUAUUGAAGGUUCGUUUGAGGGCAUGAACGUCCUCAAGGCUUUGGCUAAGAACGGUUUAGCCAUGGAGAUGUCCUCGUCUUCCGCACGAGUGCGGUCCCAAACAUACUCUACCAGCACAAGUCCCCAAUAUGCCACACCACAGACCCCAACGCAUUCGACCGAGUUCAACAUACAACGAGAUGUGGCUCCGUCACAACAGCCGGGCGCCAACCAACACGAUUCGGAUAUGAUGCGCAUGUUGCUUCAGCCUGAAAUGGUGGUUGCGCAGGCGGAUAAUUCUGAUGACGUGUUUACACAUUUUGGGAUGGAUAUGUUUUAUGCAAACCAUCAUUGCUAG